AUGAAAGGACUCAAGAGGCUUGUCCAGUUGAUGGGCGGAUUAGAUAAUCUGGACCACAUGACUCUGUCCAAAAUUUACCAAAGCGACGUCAAGAGCGCUGCCCUCUACAAUACCCGGCCAGUCUUCCCCAUCUCCGCCCGCUGGCGCAGCGAAAUCAUUCAAGACUUCCGACUCCUCCUCACGCGGGACGAGCUCGACACGCCCAAAGAUCUUGCUUCCCUCGGUGUCACCAUCUUCUCUUCCUCCUGGUAUACGAUGGUUGACCGUACUAUGAGAACCUUCCUCCAGGUUGUCCGGCGCCUGAUCCUUUACUACGAACAUGCGCAGCGCAAUCCGGCUUCUGUAAUGCCCACAGAUAACGAUCUUUUUCUUGUUGCUGAGCACCAAGUCCUCUCCGCGUGCUACACGACAACAGAUCCAACCGAUAUCAAUGAGCCACUCCGCCUCACCUUAGUCAUCUACCUAAACCUGCGAGUGUGGCACUUCCAGUCUUUCCCGUUCAUGCAAUAUGUCGUUGAAUCACUCCGACAGAGCCUUGAAGUUCCAUACUUACAUCUCCAAACCGAAACACCCGAGCUGCUAUUCUGGAUUCUUGUCCUCGGUAGUCUUGCGUCUCAGGGGUACAAGUGCCAUCGGUGGUACCUCAACAGGCUGAUUGAAAUGACGGAGCGGUUGGGGUUGAGCGAGUGGGAGGAGGCGAGGGCAGUUCUGAGCGGUUACUUCUACACCGACCAGACAAGCGAGAAGAGGGCUGAGGAGGAUCUUUGGAAUGAGGUGCUUUUGAGGGAAACUUGUAAGUUGUCACUGGAAGGGCGAUGGUCGGGUGUUUUGGGUCACUCACAAUGUUUUUGGUAG